UCGGCAUAAUACGUAUUAUGACCAUCUAGCAACAUUCUAGUGAAUCCUCUAGUGACACGUCCACCUACCCUGUCAAACUUCCACGGUUGCUCUGAAUUUGCACGUCAAUUUUUCAUGUUUAAUAAUGCCGUUGCGAUUGGAUAUCAAGAGGAAGUUGACGGCGAGGUCGGACCGCGUCAAGUGCGUGGACCAGCACCCCUCCGAGCCCUGGCUGCUGUGCUCGCUCUACAACGGCGACGUCAACAUAUGGAAUUAUGAGACACACUCACAAAUCAAGAGAUUCGAGGUAUGUGACCUGCCAGUGAGAGCAGCUAAGUUCGUCCCCAGGAAGAACUGGGUAAUCACAGGCUCUGAUGACAUGCAAAUACGUGUCUUCAACUAUAAUACGUUGGAACGAGUCCACUCAUUUGAGGCGCACUCAGAUUACGUCAGAUGUAUUGCUAUUCACCCCACACAGCCCUACAUCCUAACAAGCAGUGAUGACUUGCUGAUAAAACUAUGGAACUGGGACCGCAACUGGGCCUGCCAGCAAGUAUUUGAAGGCCACACCCACUAUGUUAUGCAGAUUGUCAUCAAUCCAAAAGACAACAAUACAUUUGCUAGUGCAAGUCUGGAUACCACUGUCAAGGUGUGGCAGUUAGGUUCUUCCAUCUCAAACUUUACGUUGGAGGGUCAUGAGAAGGGUGUCAACUGCGUGGAUUACUACCACGGUGGUGACAAGCCUUACCUCAUCAGUGGUGCUGAUGAUCGCCUUGUAAAAAUAUGGGACUAUCAAAACAAGACGUGCGUCCAGACUUUGGAAGGUCAUGCACAGAAUGUGUCAGCUGUGUCUUUCCACCCUGAGCUCCCGAUCCUGCUGACUGGUUCAGAGGACGGCACUGUCAGAAUAUGGCACGCUGGUACUUACAGACUUGAAUCCUCGCUAAAUUAUGGAUUUGAGCGUGUCUGGACUAUUUCCUCCAUGCAUGGUUCAAAUAAUGUAGCCAUUGGGUACGAUGAAGGCACCAUCAUGAUCAAAGUGGGCAGAGAGGAGCCUGCAAUAUCCAUGGAUGUCAAUGGCGGCAAAAUAAUUUGGGCGAAACAUUCCGAAAUGCAACAAGUUAAUCUGAAAGCAUUGCCUGAAGGUACAGAGAUAAAGGAUGGCGAGCGAGUGCCAGUUAUCGCCAAGGACAUGGGCUCUUGUGAGAUUUAUCCUCAAACCAUAGCACACAACCCCAACGGCAGAUUUGUCGUCGUAUGCGGUGACGGAGAGUACAUCAUCUACACAGCUAUGGCUCUAAGAAAUAAAGCAUUUGGGACUGCGCAGGAGUUUGUGUGGGCAUUCGACAGUUCAGAGUACGCCACAUUGGAAAAUUCCAGUACUAUCAAAGUGUUCAAAAACUUCAAGGAACGAAAGAGUUUCAAGCCAGAAUUUGGUGCUGAAGGAAUUUUCGGUGGCUUUAUGCUUGGAGUCAAAUCCAUCAGUGGCAUGGCGUUUUCAUUCUAUGACUGGGAACAUCUCGAGCUUAUUAGACGCAUCGAGAUCCAGCCGCGCCACGUGUACUGGUCGGAGAGCGGCAACCUGGUGUGCCUAGCGACUGACGAGACCUACUACGUCCUGAAAUACAACGCCGCCGUGGUCAACCGCGCUCGGGACACCAACUCCAAUUUUACUGAGGACGGCAUCGAGGACGCUUUUGAGGUUGUCGGCGAGGUUAACGAAACAGUGAAAACCGGCCUGUGGGUCGGCGACUGCUUUAUCUACACCAACUCCUUAAACAGAAUAAACUACUACGUCGGCGGGGAAAUCGUCACCAUCUCGCAUCUCGACCACACCAUGUAUAUCCUCGGCUAUGUCGCCAAGGAAAAUAGGCUGUACCUGAACGACAAGGAGCUGAACAUAGUGUCGUAUUCGCUGCUGCUAUCGGUGCUGGAGUACCAAACGGCUGUAAUGCGCGGCGAUUUCGAGACCGCGGACCGCGUGCUGCCCACCAUCCCGCACGACCACCGCACCAGAGUCGCGCAUUUCCUUGAGAAACAGGGCUUCAAGCAACAAGCUCUCGCUGUAUCCACUGAUCCUGAGCACCAGUUCGAGCUAGCGUUGUCGUUGGGCGAGCUGCGGCGCGCGAGGCAGCUGGCUGAGGAGGCGACGGUGGCGGAGGGCGUGCCGUCGACCACGUCGGCCGCGCGGUGGUCGCGGCUCGGGUCCGCCGCCGCCGCCGCCGCCGACACCGAGCUGACCAAGAUAUGCUACCAGAACGCCCACGACUACAGCGCCCUACUUCUCUUUGCUGCCAGCACCGGAGACAAAAAGCUGCUGCAAGAUGUAGCGCGGAUGUCCGCUCAAGAAGGAGACGAUAACAUCGCCUUCGUCGCCUACUUCACACUCAAUGAACUCGACGAGUGCCUGAAUCUACUCAUCAAACGCGAAAAGCUACCAGAGGCCGCCUUCUUUGCCAGAUCAUACAUUCCUUCUAAAAUGUGCGACGUAGUUAAACUAUGGCGGGAGAGUGUGGGAGCCACGAAUAAGAAAUCCGGCCAAUCUCUGGCUGAUCCUGAGCAGUAUGAGAAUUUAUUCCCCGAGUUCGCAGAAUCUUUAGAUUUAGAAAAGUUCCAAAACGCGUUUGGGUUCGAGCACAGUACCAAACUGGACCUGCUGCUACCAGAUUCGAAACUGUGCAACAUCGACCGAGACCUCGCGAAGGAGAAACAAGCGGCUGAAUCACAAGACUUAUUCAAGCCGGGACCUUCUGCUGAAAGACAAAGAGAGAGUAUUGUAGUCCGACAACCCGCCGACAGUACAACAGAAGAAGGCCCGAAGGACGUAAAAGUGAAGCGCAAAGACUCCCUCGACAUCAUGGAGGAAAUAGAGCGGGAAAUAGAUGAAAUGGCAUUAGAGGAUACUGUGGAAAGCGUGGAUUUUUCGGAUGAAGCCGACCUGGUCGACUAAUGUCUAAGUGUAUCUAGAUUUUUUAUUUUAUAUUAUAAAAGUAAUAACGAUCAUAAAGUAUGUAUUUCCUAAAGUGCUAAUACGUUUUAAGAUUAAAGUAUUAUACAGAUUUUCUUUCCGA